AUGGCCGCGAAGUCGGACGGCGGCGGCGGCGGCGGGGGCGGCCCGGCCGUGCGCCUGGAGAGCCCGGGCGGCGGCGGCGCUCCCGGCGGCGCUCCCGGCGGCGGGGGCGGCCGGCGGCGCUACCGGCUCCGCGACGGCGGCUGGGUGCUCUGCGCCCUGCUCGUCUGCUUCGCCGACGGCGCCUCCGACCUGUGGCUCGCGGCCCAUUACUACGUGCGGGGGCAGCGCUGGUGGUUCGGCCUCACGCUGCUCUUCGUGCUGCUGCCCUCGCUCGUGGUGCAGCUGCUGAGCUUCAGGUGGUUCGUGUACGACUUCGCGGCCGCCACCAAGGACAGCGCCGGCGCCACCAAGGACAGCGCCCGCGGGCCGCGCGGCUGCUGCCGCCUCUGCGUGUGGCUCCUGCAGGGCCUCAUCCACCUGCUGCAGCUGGGGCAGGUCUGGAGGUACCUGCGCACGCUCUACCUGGGCCUGCAGAGCCGCUGGCAGACGGAGCGGCGCCGCCGCCACUUCUACUGGCGCAUGAUGUUCGAGAGCGCCGACAUCAGCAUGCUGCGCCUGCUGGAGACCUUCCUGAAGAGCGCGCCGCAGCUGGUGCUGCAGCUCAGCAUCAUGGUGCAGCAGAACAGCGUGGAGCCGCUGCAGGGGUUCUCGGCCUCGGCCUCGCUGCUCUCGCUCGCCUGGAUGAUCGCCUCCUACCAGAAGGUGCUGCGGGACUCGCGGGAGGACAAGAUGCCCAUGUCCUACAAGGGCGCAGUGGUGCAGAUCCUGUGGCACCUCUUCACCAUCGCCGCCCGCGCCAUCGCCUUUGCCCUCUUCGCCUCCGUGUUCCAGCUCUACUUUGGCAUCUUCAUCGUCACCCACUGGUGCAUCAUGACCUUCUGGAUCAUCCAGGGCGAGACGGACUUCUGCAUGUCCAAGUGGGAGGAGAUCAUCUACAACAUGGUGGUGGGCAUCAUCUACAUCUUCUGCUGGUUCAACGUCAAGGAGGGACGGAGCCGCUACCGCAUGGGCAUCUACUACGUGAUCACGCUCUCGGAGAAYGCCGCCCUCACCGUCCUCUGGUUCCUCUACUACGACCGCGAGACCACGUCCGACUUCGACGCCUUAAUCCUUGUCUGCGUGGUCAGCUCCAGCUUCGCCCUUGGCAUCUUCUUCAUGUUCAUCUACUACUGCCUCUUGCACCCCAACGGCCCCAUGUUCGGGCCGCCGUCCGGGGGCUGCAUUUUCCAGGAGGCGCCGGCGCCGGGGCCGCCGGCGGACGCGGUCACGAGCCCGCCGCGCUCGCUGCCGCGGACUACAGGGCCGGUGUGCCCGGCCGCACCAGACCUGGGUGCGCGCGUGUCCCCGUCCCCGCUCCGGGUGUGA